CAGCCCACCGCCGCCUCCGCCGCUCCACCGCCACAACCGCCUCCACCGCCACCACAACCACCACCGCACUUAUUAAUACACCAACCAAUCAACCAAUCACUCAUCUCACAAACCAAAUCCACUUCACCAAUGACUUCCUUCUCCUCCUCCCCCUCCGCCUCCCCGCCGCCACCGCCGCCGCCGCGGCAUUCUCUCUCCGCCUCCCUCUCCCCCUCCCCAUCCCCCAAUCGCGCCCUCCCCCAGCCGGAAUCGAAAUCCCCUCCCCCCAAACGCUCGCCGCCCCUUCCAUGGUCGCACCAGGAAACCCUAGCCCUAAUUCAGGCCUACCAGGAGAAAUGGUACUCCCUCAAAAGAGGCCAGCUCAAGGCCUUCCAGUGGGAGGAAGUCUCCAUCACCGUCGCCGCCCGCUGCGGCUUCGACGAGCCCUCCAAAACCGCCACUCAGUGCCGCCACAAAAUCGAGAAGCUCCGGAAACGCUACCGCUCCGAGCUCCAGAAACCCUACCUCAAUUCGUGGCAAUACUUCGAGCUCAUGGAUCAGAUGGAGCGCGGCCCCAUCCCUCUCGAUGCGCGCCCAAUCACCAUGGCUAAGUCCUUCCCCAAUCACAUCAGUAGCAAUAGCAAUAACAGUGUUGGCAAUUUCACUAGUUUGUAUUCGAAUUCGGCUGAUUUUUACCAUAACGACGGCGGCGCCGGAGGGGAUAGCGGCGUCUCCGAUGAUAGCGAUGAGAAAUGGAACACGGCUGCUGCCGCUAGGAAUAAGUCGAAGAGCAUUAAUAACAUCGUGCGUGGGGCGGUCAGGGGUGGAAAGGCAGCGCCCGUGGUGGGUCGAGGGCUUAGGGGUGGGAGAGUGGUGAGAAAUUUUGUGAAGGGGAGGCCAGUGGAGUAUUAUGGUGGGGGUUUUAGCGAUGACGAUGGUGAUGAUAGCGACGAGGAUGCUGCGGAUGAGGAGGAGGAGGUGAAGGCGGAGACGGGAGGAAGUGGUGGGAGAGGGAUGGAGCUGGCGGCAGAAAUUAGGGGUUUUACAGAGAGGUUUAUGGGGAUGGAGAGUAAGAAGAUUGAGAUGAUGCAGGAGAUGCAGAGGUAUAGGAUGGAGAUGGAGAAGAAGAGGAUGGAGAUGAUUGCUGAGGCACAGAGAAAGAUGGUGGAUACAAUCGGAAGGGCGUUUGGAGCUAAUAAACGGGCGAAAGUGGAUCAAGAAUGUUGACAGCCAUUGCUGGAUUCUUUGUGUUGCUUAGGGAAUAAUAUAACAUGUAGUGAGGGUUGCUGCCAUUGUUGGGCAGUUUGUAUUCUUUGGGGAAGUAUUGUAGAAUGUAAUAGAUUUUCUUCAACUACUGAUUCCAGCUUAUACAGAGUGUUUCUUUCUUCUGAUA